AAUAUAAGAUAAAAACCAAUCGUUUGGUUGUUUGACUUCGAGGACAAUAUGCAUGUCUUUGGUUUCAUACAACAGAGCCUAACAACUGGUCUUCAUUUGUUUGGCACCGGUGUCUAUGGGUUUGCCAUUAUGUAUCAAAUGGCUCACAACGAUCCAAACAAUCCGAGGUCAUCAUAUAUCGGGGACAUUAAAUAUCUGACUUAUUGGAAUUUGUUAUUUCAAUUUAUGUUUAACUCAUUGAGUUUAGUCAAAGAUAUUUUCGUCUCAAACACUGAAAGUCAUAGUUUUUCAGUAUUUCUGGACUCAACCUUCUUUUGCACGACAUUCCCCUUCUCAGUGUUUGUUUGCGGGACAUUCUGGUUAUUAGACUUUGUCGACAAGGGAUCUGUUCGGGACCCGGAUGUCAACAGUCGAUAUCCCGAAUGGUAUACUCACAUAACACACUCGCUCAACGGUCCCAUGAAUUUUAUAGAGAUGUUGAUGACAUACCAUGAAGAGCCAUACCAUAGACACGCCAUUCUUGUAUUGCUCACUGUAUUCUCUCUUUACUUUACAUUGUUAAUCAUUUUGGGCAUAUUUGUCGACCUCUGGAUCUAUCCGUUUUUGGCCAAACUCUAUUGGUCACAGCGUAUCAUAUUUGCCGUCAUCUGUGGUGUCAUUUUAAUCAUCUACUAUAUGACUGGUGUAGGUCUCAGUAAAGUUCUUUGGCCACAAUGUAGAGUCAAUUGGUAUAAAAAAGUAUUAAAAUGAAAGAUAAACCAAAAUUUAAUUGUUA